GGGUGCUGGAGUAUAAAAAACUAAGCCUGAAACCGCAAUUCAGCCAGAGCCCCAGUGAUAUCGAUAGUACAGUACUGAUCAAAGAACAGCAUUAUGCAAAUAGUAUCAAAUAUGGGUUCCGCCGGCAAGUGCGCGCCAAGCCUUGCACCAACACAUAUAGGACUUGGCAUGAUGGGGAAGAUCGCUGUGAGCCCAUCCAGCGUUAGGCCUAGGCCUCGGGCCAUGGCUUCCCACGACGCUAUUGCUCCUGAGAAGACGACCAACUAUGAGCCCUCAGUCUGGGGGGAUUUCUUUAUCAACUAUAGACCACAACCGCUCCAGAGAUCAGAGGAAUGGAUGAGGCAGAGAGCCAAGAGGCUCAAGAUGAAUGUCCGCACACUAUUCUGGACUUCCAAUGAUGUGGUUGUAAGGAUGAACUUAGUGGAUGCAGUCCAACGUCUAGGAAUUGGUCACCUCUUCAAAGAUGAGAUAAGGCGCACACUAAAUGAUAUACACCAAAGUGAAUUUACUAGCUCUAGCCUCCAUGAGGUUGCUCUUCGGUUUCGCUUGCUUAGGGAGCACGGCUUAUGGGUAUCUCCAGUUACAUUCAACAAAUUCAAAGGUGACGAUGGGAGGUUCAUGAAUGGAAUAGCUGAUGAACCAAGGGGUUUAUUAAGUUUAUACAAUGCAGCUUACCUCCUUGUUCAUGAUGAGCCAGAACUCGAAGAGGCAAUCUCUUUUUCUAGGUACCAUCUAAAAUCAAUGAUGCAGGGCAAUAACCUCAAACACCCUUUAUCUGACCAAGUCAAGCGUGCCCUUAACACACCAUUACCAAGGACAUCCAAAAGAACAGAGACAUUGCAUUAUCUUUCGGAGUAUGGACAAGAGGAAGGGCAUAUGUCAAUUCUUUUGGAUCUUGCAAAGGUGGAAUUUAACCUUCUGCAGGGGGUCCACUUGAAGGAGCUCAAAGCUAUUUCUGAGUGGUGGAGAGACCUUAAUGAACAUGUGGAGCUAAGUUAUCUUAGGGAUCGUGUGGUGGAGAGCUAUACAUGUUCACACAUGUUGUUCUAUGAAGAAGGCUUAGCAUUCACACGGAUAACUUUUACCAAGAUAAUUGUACUAAUUAUUAUGAUGGAUGAUACAUAUGAUUCCCAUGCUACCAUCCAGGAAUGCAGGAAGCUAAAUGAAGCCAUACAAAGAUGGAAUGAGAGUGCCGUCUCUGUCCUACCAGAGUACCUAAAAAAUUUUUACCAUAAAUUGUUGAAUAAUUUUAAGGAGUUUGAGAAUCAAGUGGUGGUUAGUGAGAAGUACCGGGUUGCUCAUGCUAAAAAAGAGUUUCAAAUACUGUCCCAUUAUUUUCUCCAGGAAGCUGAAUGGUCACAUAAUAAUUACAAGCCAAGUUUUGAAGAGCAGUUGGCUUUAUCUACAAAGACUUCAACGGUGCAACUAUUAUGUGUGUCUACUACGGUCGGCCGGGGUGAUGCAAUAACAAAUGAAGCAUUCAUGUGGGCAGCUAGCAGUACUACCGUGACAUCAUGUGCAAAGAUAAUGCGUUUCAUGAAUGACAUUGCUUCAUUUGAGCGUGGGAAGAACAAAGGGGAAAUUGCGAGCACCGUUGAGUGCUACAUGAAUGAGCACAACAUCAUAAGUGAGGUGGCCUUUGCCAAACUCGAUUCACUGGUAGAAGAUGAAUGGAGAACCAUCAACCAAGCCCGUUGUGAACAUCAUCAGCUACUCCCGGUAGUGCAACGAGUUGUGAACUUGGCUAUUUGUAUAAUGUUCUUUUAUGACAAGAGAAAGGAUGCGUACACAUUCUCCACACAUCUACAAGAGAUUGUUAGGAAUCUUUUCAUCAAUCCCAUUACCAUGUAGUUCCCCUUUUAGACUGUAUUGUCAAAUAUUAUCUAUUUUUUUUUCUUUUUACUUUUGGAGGGAUAGAUGAAACAAAAUCUAUAUUGUAUGAUUUUUUCAAAUUAACUUGCCUCCCACUAAUUAAUUAUAUUUCUUCCAUGCCAUGUCA